AUGGAAUCCCUCUUGAGAGCAUUCCCUGCAAACAGGAAAGCAUUAUUGAUGCUUCAGACCAAUCUAAGGAAGCGCUACUACGAGGAAAGGCUUGACGUUUUUCCCAACGCGUAUCACCACAUCCAUUUUCAAGUCAAUCAUCGACAACGACAGAAAGCAGGUGAUAUACGGAUUAACGGCAUCGGAAGGACUGCAGUUGUCACUGGAUCCCUUUCCGGAAUCGGCCUGGGAGUCGCUCGCGCUCUCUCUGCUGCAGGAUCCAACAUCGUUUUGAACGGUUUCGCCUCGGAUGCUGAGAUCAAGGCCCUUGAGAAGGAACUUACCAACAACACAUCAUCUGCCAAGUUCAUUUUCGCCGACCUUACCAAGCCCAGUGACACCAAGAACCUCAUUGAACAGUCCAUCAAACACUUUGGAAAGGUUGAUAUCCUCGUCAACAACGCCGGCAUGCAGCACAUCAGCACCGUCGAGGAGUUCCCCGAAGACAUCUGGGAAAAGGUCAUUUCGCUCAACCUUAGCUCCGCCUUCUACGGAACCAGAUACGCUCUUCCCCAAAUGAAGCAGAGGGGCUGGGGAAGAAUCAUCAAUGUUGCCAGUGUCCACGGAUUGGUUGCCUCAGUCAACAAGUCCGCCUACGUCGCCGCCAAGCACGGAAUCGUUGGCUUCACUAAGGCUGCCGCCCUUGAAAACGCCAGAAACGGAGUCACAGUUAAUGCAAUUUGCCCUGGAUUCGUCUUGACUCCCCUCAUCCAAAAGCAGAUCGACAUCAUCAAGGAGAAGAGAGGCAUUUCGGAGCAAGAUGCUUCCAAGGCCUUGAUCGAGGAGAAACAGCCAUCAGCCAGUUUCAGUGUUCCCGCUGAUAUUGGAGCCCUUGCUACCUUCCUUUGCACUGACAACGCCCGCCAAAUCACCGGUGCCAGCUACACCGUCGACGGAGGAUGGACUGCCCAAUGA